AUGUCAAAAAACAUCAUUGUAUUUGGAGCUCACGGCAGAGUCGGCCAAAGACUUAUCGGCGUUCUUGCUCAGAACAAGAGAAACACCACCGCAGUGGUGAGAAACGAUGCUCAGGCACAGCAGAUUUCCAAGGUCGCUGGGGGUGUUGAUUUUGUGAAAACCACCCACUUGGACUUGGCCCAAACGUCUGUGAAGGAGUUGGUUUCGAAAGUUCAAGGUCACGAUGCCAUUGUGUUGACGGUGGGUUCUGCUGGUAAGAACCUUUUGCAAGUUGACUUGGAUGCUGUGGUGAAGACAUUCGAGGCAGCUGUGGAGGCCAAUGUCCGUCGUCUUGUUCUUGUGAGUGCAAUCUUUGCUGAAAGCCACGAGUUUUUCGAAUCUUAUAAGCUCCGUGACUACUACAUUGCCAAGCACUACGCUGACAGGAUCUUGAUCAACGAGUUCAAGGACAAGUUGGACUACACCAUCUUGAAGCCCUCGCUGUUGACCGAUGGAGAUGGCACCGGUAAGAUCCAGAUUUACAAGCCUGGCACCGAAAAGGAGUCAAUUGACCGCCAGGAUGUUGCUCAGCUGAUCUUCCAGGUGUUGGAUUUGAAGAGCACUUUCGGAAAGAGCUACAACUUCACCGGCGGAGAUCUGCCCAUUGACAGUGAGCUGACAUGGGCCUAA